AUGCCAAGCAGAGACCUGACUUAUCUGAGCAAUCAAGGUUUAUCAACCCACGCCAGCCUUUCGAUCAAUCGAGCUCCGAGCUUUGGGACUGAUCAGAAGAUCGAUUACGAUGUGAAGAAAGGGGUGCUUCUCAAUGCUCUCAAACUCCUCAACAUCAGGGCCAGUGAUAAGAAAAGAAACCUGGCUCAAGAGAAGGCGGAAGCUCAGAGACGCCUUUAUGGACAUGGCUCCAUGAAGAAACUUUCAGCAGCUUCCUCUGACUGGGAGAAACAACGUCACACACUGGAGCGAAGAAAAGAGGAACUGAAAGAGCGACUUGCACAGGUUCGCAAACAGGUUUCCAGGGAAGAACAUGAAAAUCAACAUCUGGGAAAUUACAGACGUAUUUACCCCCCAGACGACAAGCUGCUGCUGGAAAAGUAUGAAAGCCUGCUCUCGGCCGCCUUUCAGACCUUCCUCGCCGGGCGAGCUGCCUCACUUCAAAAGGAAAUGAAUAAUCCUCUGAAACGAAUGAAGGAAGAAGAUAUACUGGACCUGCUGGAACAAUGCGAGCUGGAUGACGAGAAGCUGAUGGGCAAAUCCUCCAGGCAACGAGGCCCAAAGCCUUUGACCGCCAUGCCGGAAUCGAGCCAGACGCCAAGACGCCAACGACCGGACUACCUGGCUGACUUCACCAGCUGCAGCAGCGCGGAUAAUUCAUGCUCGUCAUCCGAUGAAGAGGAGGAGGACAGGAGGAAAGCAGGAGAAGGGAGAAGCAGAGAAAAGAGAGGCGAGAAGAAGGUUUCCUAUGACCUCAGCGAGAGCAAGGAGAAAAACGUGGCCGAGCGCUCAGGUCGCAUGCACUGGAAACCGCCGAUCAAGCCUCUCAGAACCAGCACUGCUCCCUCUGUAUCCCCAACUCUUUCUGGUCCAAUCAGACGUUCCAUCUCUUGCCCUCGCUCCAUUGCCUCACUCUCGUCACCCAGUGAGAUGCGAGCGUUGUCCACCAGGCCGUUUCCCAUGGUCCCUUUGGCAACGCCUCUCGCCAGGCCAAGCUCCGCCACACUUCGCUCUCAUUCGCUGAGCCGUAGUGGCUCCGCCCACCGUGUGCCUCACAGCAGCAGCCUGGGGACCAUCCACUCCAAUAUGGGUGACCCACUGAUAAACCUGAGGACCAAGGAGCAGGAGGCCGAACUGGUGCGUCACACCCUGUCAGCGCUCACCGCCAUGCGGAUCAGGUUUCCUGGGAAAACCGAAGAAGAGGCCGAGGCAGUGCUAGAUGAGAUUCUCGACAACUGGAAAUACCAUAAAUCAAAGGUGGCAUCUUAUUGGUUGGUGAAGCUGGACUCGACCAAACAGAGGAAGGUUUUGGACAUCGUUCGCACAAACGUCCGCUCAGCGCUGCAGCGGAUCUGGAAGGAGCCGGAUGUAGAGAGCCUGCACCUCUAUCGGCUUUUUAACCGCAUCUUCAACCGAUUGUUGUGGAGUCAUGGCCAGGGCCUUUGGAACUGCUUCUCCAACGCCGGCUCGUCAUGGGAGAGCAUCUUCAGCAAGAGCAGCGAGGUGGUCUCGCCCCAAGAGCUGCAGUGCUGUCGCCGACUCGUCCAGCUGUGCCGGGACUGCCUGUUGGUCGUGUACAAGUUUGUCUCAGAGUCACGCGGCUCUUUGGCGGGACUCAGUCCCGAGUGGGAUGACACAAGCUUUCCAUUCGCUGCUGGACCAACCUCCGCCCAUGGCUCCCCUCCUGCUGCUGUCGCUGCUGCUUCCUCUACCUCCUCUUCUUCCGUCUCUUCGCCCCUCAACUCAGGUACUGGAACGCUGUUAGCAGGAGCUGCCUCACUGCUCUGUCUCGGUGGAAGGUGUCAUAGAAAAGUCUUAGAAAGGUACCUGCUGCCAGUGACCUCCCAGUUCAUCAAGAAGUGGCCUUCGUCCAGCUUUGGCCGCGUCUCCUCGGCCAUGCCACGCUCCCGCAGCCUUUUCGCCGCCAGGAUGGACCACUUCUGAGGUCACCAUGGCAAGUCUGGCUGCCGAAAAACCUCGCCUUUUGACCUCAACCACCUCCCCACCUCUUCCAUGACUCCCACUCAAGCCAAACUCAGAUUUUAGUAAUCCCAGUAUGGAUGUGAAUUUGAGGCAGCUUUGGACACCGGGUGGGGCAUCAACCCAACUCAAUCGCCUGGUGAAAGAUCAGCAAAAUUAAAAUGGACGGUUUGGGAUUACUGUGGAGUGUUUUAGUUUAGUUUAUCUUGUUCAGACCAGCUAACCAUUCCCUCCAUUCAGCACCUGUAACACCGGAGGGUGGCUUCACUUCCCUGUCUUCAUUGUAACUGCUGUAUUAUAUUUCACUGUACAGUUUCAAGUCAUGGUACUGUAAAAGGAAGAAAUAACAAUGACUAAACAAUGCAAGAUUUAUUUAUCUAUGUAACUAUUUAUUUUGUAAGCUAUUUCACAAAUGCAGUGAGUGCUGCUACCUAAUACAGCCUGGGAAAAACAUCAACAGAGCUUUGACUCAUUUGAGUAAGUGGAUGUAAAAGAGCUUAUUUUUGCCGUCUCUAAUUAGUAAUUUUAUUUUCUGUCGUCAGAUUAUAAUUUAUUUCACAACUUAUAUCAAAUGGUUUACGUUAAUAAUAGUCACUUUAUGUUGUUUAUUAUGCAGCUCAAAUUAAUUAAUGGGGAGAGGCGUGAUGCGCAGAGAAGUUGGAAGUUUUUUUUUUUUUUUUUUUUUUAAUGCCAACACGGUUCUGUUUCUACUUGUGUGAUAUUAAGUGCAGCCCAAUUAAAGCGUUUUGAAUGUCAGUGUAGUGAGCCAAGCCUUUCUUGCCUCCUGGAACACAAGCUGGCUUUAAAGUCACAGAGUGAACAGCCAAACCUCUCCAAGAUCACCCACUAGCUGCUGAUAUGCACUUUGCAGUAUGUCACGGAAAGCGUAAGCGGCUACACAUUAGUAGAGAAUGCAUGCCUAGACUUUAGUCUCUUUAGAUCUAUAGAGGAGCUGCGUGUGGAAUAUACUUGAAGUUUUGUGUUGUCAUUAAUUAUUGUGCUGUCGGGGGGGGGGAGGACACUUCACUUUUAUAUUUGUUUUCCCCAGUGCUGAUGUUUUGAGGACAACAAGGAUGUGCAUCGCGAUUCAGAGAUUGUUCAGCGGGCUGAGUGAGUUGACUCAUCUGCUCUCACUUAGUGCAUUGUAAGAGCAGGGAUUUAUCCGGGAAGCAGCUGCAGCCUUUGUCCACACUGCACUGGAGAUACAAGUGCCAGGGAUUUCACACAUGUAUUAAUAUGUCGGAUUUCAUUUUAGGCUUAUUUGUUUUGGCCCAAUGCAGGACCUCAUUUCUAAACAGGUUUAGGACUCUGCUUCCAACAUAUAUGACUUAUAAGAACAAUAGUCUGUACUAAACAGUAGAGUAAGCAUAUUUUUUUUGAUUUUUAACCCAUGUGUAACAGCAAUGCUGAGCUAAAACUACUAAAAAUUGAAGUGUCCGAAUUUUAUUCCCCUCAUGACACCAAUUAUUAUUAUUAUUAUUAUUUUUGCCUAAUUUAUUUUGCGUUAUUUAAAAGUAGGACUUUUUCAUUGGAUGUACAGGAUUUUUUAUUUUACAUAGCAAUAAAAAGUUUAAACAAUU